GCGGUUACACAGUUCGGAUCGGUGCGGUUUCAAACGGUACUCUCGCGUCUGGGGUUGAAGGUUCGUUCGCGUGAAUUAGGAGGUGUAGUAAAUUGGUAGCUGAAGAGUGAAGACGGAUACAAGCAGAUCCAUCAUCAUGGCUAGUCGGAAUUGGCUGUUGGCGGCCCUGGUGGGCAUGAUCCUGAUUUAUGAAUCUACCGCUCUCACCUGCCUCAAGUGUAAAGACACCGAAACGGAUGCAAGCUGUGUGGCAGCAGUAGGAACAGUCAGUGCCUGCACCAACACAGAUGACACAUUGUGCUAUUUGCGCAACAAUGACGGCAAAAUUGAACGUGGCUGUCUGAAGGACCUCCCAGUGGCAGAACAAGCCGAAUGCAAGGAAGCUGGAGCCAAAUGCGUAUCCUGCGCUGGCGAUAGCUGUAACAAUGACCGGUGGAUGAAGUGUCACGUGUGCGAUGGCGAAACCGCUGCUUGCACUGGCACGCAGGAAGCCGCUGGAGCCGCUCUCUGCCCACUCUUUGCCAAGGCAGACCAAUGCUAUGCCAAAGCUGAUGAAAAUAGAGUAACACGUGGAUGCAAGUCGAGUCUGCCAGCUGUCGAUGACGGCUGCACCGGCAACAAGAACUGCGAGUUCUGCAGCGAUGACGGAUGCAACAAACUUUCGGGAGAAGCGCUGAAGACUUACCCCAAGUGUCUCACGUGCACGUCUCUGAGUGAUGCCAAAUGCGAAGAUGCUACAGCAGUAGCCGAUGAGUGCCCCAAUCGAGAGGACACUUGCUACACGCGAGUUCAAGAUAAUGUCCUGCACCGUGGAUGUCUGUCCCAGUUGGCCGAAGCUGAUCAGACCAAGUGCAAAAACGAUGUAGAUUCUACCUGUAAAGUUUGUUCGGAUGAAGAAGGAUGCAACAAGGACAUCUGGCUCCGGUGUCACCAGUGCAAGGAAACGGAAGAUGCACCCUGUGCCGAAAAGCAAACCGUUGAAAAAGCGGCAUUCUGUAAGAACUUCCGGGAUCCCUACAAUCGAUGCUACGAACGUUUGGAAAGUGAUAAGGUCGUGCGAGGAUGUGAAAACGAUCUGACAACUGUUGGCAAUGCCUGCACGGGUUACCCAGAAUGCCGAACAUGCCCGGAAAAUGGCUGCAACAGUGCCGAAGCCACCACCCUAAAAACCGAGAACCGAUGCCUUCAGUGUUCGACCAGCAAGGAUGACGACUUGACCUGCCUUUUGGGAACGGCACUCAGCACCCCAUGUGUCAAAGUAUCGGGCAAAAAGUGCUACUCGAGAACCAAUAACGAUGGCGUUCUAACUCGAGGCUGCUACGGAGACUUGACUGCGAAUGAAGUCACAGCCUGUACCGGUAAGACAUGUACCACCUGCGAGGCGGAAGGCUGCAACGGUAAGGUGUUCCCAACGGAUCGCCUUCGGUGCUACCAGUGCAAGACAACCGAGGCGGACAAGUCCUGUUCCAAUCAGUUGACCGGCGAACCCAAGUCCAGCUACUGCGUGCUGUACAAGGACGAAGACAAGUGCUACUCUCGAAUUUCCGAUGGAGCUUUCGAACGAGGAUGUCAGUCCAACCUGAAGACGGCCGCUUGCGAGGGUCUGACGGCGAAGGAAUGUCUGCUCUGUUCGGGCGAGAACUGCAACAGCAUUUCGGAGGAAAGACUGAAGAACUCUGCCGGACAGAAGACCGUCAGUGCGAUUUUGCUGGCUGUCGUUGCGGCGUUCGUAGUGCUUAAGUAAUUUAUGAAGUGUGUUGGUAGGUAGCUCCAAGCUGAAUUGUGAUGUAAAUAAUGUGUUUUAACUUAAUUGGAUUUCGGAAUAAAAGACAAGAGGAACCUGUUUUUAUUCAUUUAA